GGAGCCUUUUGCUGCGCAGCAUCAAUACAUGCGUCAAAUGAUGAGAAGCUUUUCUGAUCCUUUUGGACGAGAUCCAUUUCUCAGUAUUACAGAGGGUGGCGAAAGAGCUCGAGAUCAAAGAGGACACCAUGAUUCUCAGGUUGCUUUGAGAGGAAAUCAGAGAGCAGUGAGCUGCUCCCUCAUGCCCUUUGGCAGUUUUGGUAGCAUGAAUUCAGAUUUUAAGGAUCCUUUCUUUUCAAUUGAUAGAACUAUAUCAAACAUGAGAAACAGUAUGCUAGAACUGCAAAGAAAUUUUGAUCAUCUCUCACUCAAUCCAGAUGCACACUCAUUCAGUUCUUCUUCUGUGAUGACAUAUUCCAAGAUAGGUGAUGACCCACCAAAGGUUUUUCAAGCUUCAUCUCAGACCCGCACAGCUCCAGGAGGUAUCAAAGAGACUAGAAAAGCACUUAAAGAUUCUGAAAGUGGGCUGGAAAAAAUGGCUAUUGGUCAUCACAUUCAUGAACGUGCCCAUGUAAUUAAAAAAUCAAAGAACAACAAAACUGGUGAUCGAGAACUGAAUCAAGAAUUUAUCAACUUGGAUGAAUCUGAGGCCCACAUAUUUGAUGAGGAAUGGCAGAAGGAGAUUAUGAAGUUUGGAACAUCUGGAGCUAGAUGCAACUUAGAAGCUCCAAAACACAGAAGUAACCAUCAUAUAAGCAAGGAAGAUGCAUCAAGGAGGGAGAAACCCCACCCAAAACCACUGAUUGCAGGAUCCAGAAGACCUGAAGUUUCUGUGGAGAACCUCAAUGUGAAAGGAUCGCACGUCCCAAUCAAAACCAGCAAAAGAUAAAUGGCUUGUACAAUGGUUUGGAUCUUUUUGGGGGUCUUUUUCAGAGAAGAUAAUGGUGCUAGAUCAUAGACCAAUCCCUGGUUUUUAAGUGUUAGUGUGCCUUGCUCAUCUAGUCAUUUGACCACUGAAUGUUCUUGAAGACACCAGGUCUUUGGACUACAUCUGGGUCUGAGCAGUAAAAGAAAAUAUUUACCACUGAAAGGCACUUUAUUGGGUUAUCACUUUUCUUUAUACUGUAAGCUAUAAUAUUUUGCCUUCCACGGCUUUUUUUCUACAAUUAUGCUAAUCUCUCAAACUUUUCAGCAGGCUUGGUGGUAAAACUACAUCUAUUACCCAUGCAGUACAACUUACACAGGAACUAAAUUCACUUUUUGUAAAAUUAUUUUUUGUGGCUGAAGCAAUACCAGUGUGGUUUUGGUGAAAUUAGAUUUAAAAUUAUACUAUAAAAUUAUUAAAUAGCUAUUGUACAAUAGCCAGAUUCAUGGUAAUUGCCCUGAUUUCAGAAUGUUAACAGAGUCUAAAAAUAAGUAGUCAAGUAACUUGUUUUUAAGUAAAAUUUAAGUUUAUCAACAUUAUUUAUCACCUUUGCAUAGCUGAUUUUUUUGUAUGUAGUUUAUUAAUUUCAAUGGCUUUAUAUUGUAUCUCUUAAAUGGUUCUACAUCCUUUGUGUGUUUCCAUUGAAGGUGACCCAUUAUUUUUCACCAUUGCAGAUUCUCUAUACUAGGGCUAGAGUUAAGUAGCAUGAUGGGUUUUCUAUUUUCUGUGGCAAUAUACUGCAGUUCCCUCGUAUGGACAAUAGAUAUGACUGUUGGCAUUCUUGACCAGAUUGGUAUGGGAAUCAAAUUUGGUUCAACAGACAGUAGAAGUAUAUGAACUAAACGCUGAAUAAUUACACCAUUCCCUCUGUAAAUGAUAGUUUUAAAAACAUAUGUGCAGGAAAUGCUACUUGUAGUCAUUCUUAUUUUUCUAUCAGCUAAGUUUGUGGUUGUGUUGUAUCAUUUUGUGUCCUGAUUUUUAAUUUAAAGGAAUCCAGGAUCUGGUAAACCUAAAAAUUGUUGCCCUCCCUUGAAAAUUUUACUGUUUCAAAGUUCUUCCCUUAUUUUGUACUUCUUGUUUUCUUUUUUAAAAGUUUCCUUGGCUUAAAAUUAUUAGGCGAAAACAAACUGAAUGACUUAUUGGGAAAAAUAAACCUCUUAAUGUAUGUUAUCUGUG